AUGAAGUACCUUGGUGUUGUAGACACUGUCGUCCUCGGCAACAAUACCAGCAAGUCUGGUUCAAGGGGCACAACUUACCACUUGUACUGCGCCCGAGCCCGGCGCCAGCUCCAGCACUGCGCCUUGGGCAUUGUUCACAAACUCGUGCAUGUCAAUCAUCACCGCCCAGACAAGUUGCUCGCUCGCGCCGAACGCCCUCGAGAGCGAUACUUUGCGACGGCGUCGAAGCUCGAACGGGCGGCGCAAACAAUGCAAGACUUGUUUGACAAGCCUCGCAAUGGCAAAAAGGUCCCUAGCCGUUCUUGA